AUGGAUAACAACCCGAGGAGGGAAUUACCUCCUCCCGCAGGAAUGACUCUGGCACCCGAGCCACCGGUGACAUCUAUGGUACCUUCGAGUCAGCUCCCACCGCUUCCAUCGCAGUGGCACACAGAAGAUUCUUUGCGACAGUGGCUUCGGACCAAGGCCGAGGAGGAUAGAAGACGGCAGGAGGAGGAGCGCACACGUCAAGAAACCCUAAAACUUGAACAACGCCGGGUUGAACGGAGCAUGCUUCAUGAUGCCAUUCAAGCCGGCGUGCCUCCUCAAUUGGUGCCAUUCAUAUUCAUCGGAAUUGGCGGUGGAAAUUUGGCUCGUUCGUCGCUAGAUGUGGCGCAACAAUUGGACCUAUCAAGUGUGCAACAGGGACACUCACAGCAACCUCAAAAACGUGCGCCUCUGUCUCAGCAGCAAGCGACACCCGCUCAAAGUACUUCUCGUCACCCUCAACAAAACUUGGACCUUGACUCAUCCCAACCUUUACCGUCAGAUAUUCGUCGAGAUAGCCGAACGAUCCCACCGAAUCCUUAUGCUUCUCAAGUUGCUCCUAUGCAAGUUUCAUCACCAUCACAACCUGGGCCAGUAUCGCCCCCACAAACGCAUGGCUACCGUGGAUCGCUUCAACCUACUCGAUUGCACGUUGGGGGAGAAUCGCAGUCUCAUCAGCCUCGCCUGAACGCAAACGAGUUUCAUGUUACUCACGUAGGCCCUGCCCAAUUUCAACGUGGGAUAACAGGAUCUUCGCAUGGUCCUGUUUCUGCUCCCCCCCCUCACGCAAAGCCCGAAACGCAGCCGAGUCAAUCUCCGUCUAUACAUUUUCACCACUGGGUUCCACCGGGUCAAACGCAGCCAAGUACUCCAUCGACCAGAGGCCGGCAGGAGUCAUCUACGCGUUCCCACCCCCAUUCAGAGUCACAAACUUCUCCAGGACGAAAACGUAAAGCUCCAGGGUCGCAUCCGCCACCUCCUCCGCCAACACCACAUCAUGAACAGGCCUCGCCCGCGCCCUCAACUGCUUCACCAGGUCGUGGGACGCCGAUGCAGACCGGACACAAUUCGAGUCAUUCACGUCAACAGAGUGAUCCUAGCCAUGGGUUUAGGCAUCAGGAAAAUUCUGAAACUAAUGCCGACAAUCUUCAGCGCUACCGACCAACCCGCGAGUCCAUCCUGAAUCCACUUGAGUCAAGCUCACGAAGAACAAGUACCGAUGCACAGCCUGGGUCGACGCACGCGCGAUCGGAAAGGGAACAUUGA